GCAGUAUAAAACGAUUUCCUUGCUGGACUUUUUCAAGCAGAUUCAGCAAUGCAAUAAUAAUAACAAUAAUAAUAUGAGUUUCCUGAAGAUUGCGAUGCAAGGAAGAUUGGACCAUCGUGGGUACCAAGAAAGUGAAAGAAAAACCAAGAAAUGUUUUAAACAAAGACAGAGUUAUUGACUUGGACAAGUGUAUUGACUUGGACAAGUGUAGCAUCAAUGGAAAGAAAUAAAGACUCCAGAUUUGUUGCAGCCAUUAAUAUGCGGAACUUCCUUAUUCAAGUUCAAGAAGAUAGACUUCCAGCCACAAAUCCUAUCCAGGUUCAAGAAUCAAGCAUUCAGAUCAAGACUGCAACAGUGGCGGGCCAAUUCGUCCAGAGGCUCUUCCGGGCCCUUUUUUUCUUACACAUAAUCCUAACGACCAUCCUAGUAAUCUUCCUCACCGUCCGUGGGCUCCUCAGUGUACACAGCCACCACUUCUACCCCAAGAAGUGGUAUCCCCCACUCCUGACUGCAAUAGCAUGCGCCGGAAUUGUGGCUUUCACUUGGCAAUGGAUCACCUUCUGCUACCCUUCAAGAGCAAUAAGAGCAGCAUUUUGGCUUAGCCCCUUGCUAACAUGUGCAGUUGGGAUACUUCUGGUGCUAAUUGGCUCUGCUGCAAGUCUAGCAAUAGGCACAAUUGCAGUUGUUUUUGCCCUCAUUCAAUCCCUUUAUGCUUGUUGGGUGAAUUCCAGAUUCAAUUAUGCCAUCAAGGUUCUAUCAGUUUCCACAGCUUUCCGGCCUGCCAAAACUACUGCACUGGUCAUCAUCUCAAUUGUCACAAGCAUAACCUAUUCCGGCUUCUUGGUGUCAGGGAUAGGCGGUGCCACAGUUACUGGAACUGGGAUAGACAUCUCUUUCAUAUUGGUGAUCCUGCUGAGCCUGAUAUGGACACUGCAAGUGAUGAAAAACACGUUCCAUGUUACAGUAGCACACGUUAAGUAUUUGCACUUUGCAUGUGGAGCAGAUAUGGACACAAGAGAUGCUUUAAGAGACACGAUUAAAAACCUGACGGGGAGCAUAUUCAUAGGCUCCAUACUUGUCCCAAUUCUUACUGCAAUCAGAGGCUCCGCACGUGCUGUUAAAGUGGUUGCAGGGGGUACAGAUGAGUUCUUGUUCUCCUGUGCUAACUGCUAUUCUGCUAUAGGUUCAACAUUAAUGACCUAUGGGAAUAGGUGGGGUUUUGUGCAGGUAGGGGUUUACAAUAAGGGAAUUGUGCAGGCAUCCAUGGAUACAUGGGAGACGUUCAGGUCAGUAGGGCUGGAGCCACUAAUUGAUUCAGACCUUACAGGAUCAUUCUGUUUCUUAUCUGGGAUAGCAGGAGGUGCAGUAUGCACCCUGGUGGGAGGAACAUGGACACUUGCAAUUCAUAAAAGUUAUGCAACUGAAGUGUCAAUUUAUGCCUUCUUGAUAGGCUAUCUAAUGUGUCGGGUAGCGAUGGCAUGGCCACAAGCAUGCAUUUCAGCUUACUACGUUGCUUAUGCAGAGAAUCCACAGUGCCUACGGUUAGACCCAACCAUUCCAGCUCGCAUUCAAGAGCUUCAAAGAUAUGGAGCUUAACGAUCCUGGAAGCCAACUUUCACAUGAUUUUUACUGAUAGCAGAGUUACUGUUAAAACGAGUCUAAGAACUUGUACCAGACAUACCAUUAAAUAUGAUCAAUGAUACCUCGAAAAAUGUGAAUUUCUCAUAGAUCCAAUUUCUUUUUUUGGUUUAAGAUUGACUUACAACUGAUAUUGUAAAUCAGAGUUUCCUUA